AUAAUUCUUUGCUGAGAGAAGCCCUCCAUGGAACCCACACCAAAACCUAGGCCUGGGUUUGAUGGAACCCCGCGUAGGUUUCAGGGAACCCAAGCAUUGGAUUCGAUGGAACUCGCGCUUGGGUUCGUUGGAACCCAGCAUUGGGGUUCCACCGAACCCAGGCGCUGGGUUCCAUUGAACCCAACGUGGGUUUCAGGGAACCCAAGCGUUGGGUUCCAUGGAACUCGCACCUGGGUUCGUUUGAACCCAGCGCUUGGGGUUCCAUCAAACCCAAGCCUGGGUUCCAUCUAGCCCAUGCCUGGCUUCCAUUGAACCCUCACCUGAGUUCCAAUGAACCCAGGCGCGGGUUCGAUGUAACCCAGUGGCAACAAAUUUCCUUUUUUUUCUUUUUGUUUUUUGUGGGUUUUGUUGUUUGAUGAUGAUAAUGAAAAUUGGUUGAGAUG